AUGCCACAUAUUGUUAGCAUCUCAGCCAAAACAUUAGAACUAAUUCGAUGGACAAAAGAAGAAAGCGGUUCAUGUCAAUUUAAAUUACUAUCGUCGUGCCGUGAAACACCAGCAAUCCAAAAAAAUUGGCAGAAGACAUGCUUAUUCGAGAUAAUUACAGACGCAAACUUGACGUUAUGUCGCAUUGAACUUGAACCGGAACCAAUAUUUAUACAACGAAUUGGCCAACAAUGGGCAAUAUCGACAAUAAAUGAAACAAAGUGUCACCGGGUCCCACAAUUAGAGCACGAACAACAUGCUAUAACAACGAACAAUGAAAUAACCAUUCCUCCAAUCUCAUUGAUCACCAUCGAUAAAUCAACAACAUGGAGCUGUGAUCACUUCCUUUUACCAAGUAUAACAAAUGGCACGGAUAAACGGAUUACAAUCAUUGAUGACAGAAAAUUAAAUUACGAUGAUUCGAACUUAAUCAAUCUACACCAAACAAUGAACAAUAAUACACGAUGGGAAAAAAUCCCGUACAUUCCGGGAGAUAUAAAGAAUAUGUUCGAAUAUAUGAUAGCAACAACAACAACACCAACACCAACGCCGAUACAAUCAACAACAUCAUUCUAUCAACAUGGAUUAUCAAUAGCUAUAGGUAUAGUAGGUGUAACAACUAUCACCUCAAUAGUUCUAUACCUGAAGCUACGAGGCAAAGUGAGCAAGGCAUCAACAACUAAGAUAAUUACGAUGCCACCAAUAUGAACGAUUGUCAAAAUAACUUCAACAACACCAACUACUGAGAAGAAAACGUCGAUCGCCGAGACUUGUAAAUAUAUAACCGAGCUAGGCUCGAAGAUAGUCAUGUAUGUAACGUGUGAAUAAAUUGCAUGUAAAAAAAAAAAAAAAAGUUGCUAUUAAUAGUGUGCUGUCCCACUGAUUACUGGCGUUUUCACAUUGUCUAUCUCUUCUAUAUCUAUUUUUGUUUUUUUUGUGUUCUGGUGUUUAUCAUAUCCCUUUGAUGUUCUUCUUUUUCUCUUCUUCGGGUGUGUGUACGUAGACCUAAACAGCGCCACGAAGAAGACCUUCGUUAAACAAAUUGCGUCCUUAUGUAUCCCUCAAACAGACGCCCAGGAGUGCGUCUUGGCAAAAUGGGGGGGGUGUGCCGAGAUAGGCACUUGUUCUAUCUUAGUGAACAACUGUGUGCAUAAUUAUCCCUGUAUGUAUAUCUUGUCUCUCCCGUGUGUUCUCUCUCUCUUUCUUUUCUCUCUCUGUGUCUCUUUAUUUCUCUCGCUGCUUCUCUUCAUUCCGCCACGGUUGAUUGACUCGCGUGGAAAGGAAAGAGAAAUAUAAAAGGAAUGGAUAGAUUGAAAUAAAGACAGUUGAAUACACGAUAUCAUAUCUUAUCGUUACAUUUAGGCUUUCAAACGAUCUAAAAACUUUCGAACUUGGAUUUACAGAGUCUUUAAAAAUAACGUUUUUUAUGACUUAAGUAAAACUAAACAAAAUUAGCUAUAGUAAUUGAUUUACCCCAAUAGAUAAGCAUAAUGAUUGAUUUACCCCAAACAGGAGUAAAUCAAAGAUUGAAGAGGUGGUCUUCUGAAAACCGGCGUAGAUCCGCUCCUAAAAAGUAUUUUGAAAAACUAAAAACAUAGUCUUAUAGAGCUUUUUCUGCUCUACAUAGUUGGUAGCGAAAAUUCUUUUAUCCGAUGAAAAAUAGAAAAGUUAUAAGAGAAAAAAGAAGACACCACUGAAAACCUAAUUGAUUUACCCCACCUUACUCUGUAAUUAAAGAG